UUUCCGUCAUUUUCUCUUUCAUUGACAAACGCGAAAUUGCAAAGUGAUAUAAAUAAAAAAAGUUCGGUGAUUGAAAGAAAAAUUAGCGGAUUGAUAGGAAAAAAGUCCAUCGGCCCUUCCAAUAAUACCAGCCCUACGCCAGCUGAAACUUUGCCUGAAUGGUCACCGAGGGAAACAGCAUAUGCCACAGUAGUGACAGUAAUGCCAAAUCACUGUCACUCUUCCGUCAGUACUUUAUCAUCCAGCAAUCAUGACAUAUGCCGGAUAUGCCACUGUGAGGGCGACAUCGGAGCACCGUUGUUGGCGCCCUGUUAUUGCAGUGGAAGUCUUCGAUACGUUCACCAGGCGUGUCUUCAACAGUGGAUCAAGGCAUCCGACACGCGGGCCUGUGAAUUGUGCAAAUUCACGUUCAUCAUGCAUGCUAAGACAAAACCAUUUUCAGAGUGGGAAAAAUUAGAAAUGUCGGCACCAGAAAUUCGGAAGCUGUGGUGCGCGGUGGCUUUCCACGCUGUUGCGGCAUUGUGCGUCGCGUGGUCGUUAUACGUUCUGGUAGAACGCUCGGUUGAAGAAGCACGAAAAGGUUUCGUCGAUUGGCCAUUUUGGACGAAACUGAUAGUCGUCGUUAUCGGUUCAACCGGUGGACUCGUAUUCAUGUAUAUCCAGUGCAAAGCUUAUAUCGAGCUUUGUAGAAGAUGGCGAGCGUUCAACAGAGUUAUAUUUAUCCAGAACGCUCCGGAAAAAGUGGUGCUUCCUCCCUCGCCAACGGACUCGAUGCGUGACGUGACGUUACCGUUGAAAGACCCGACGGCCUCGAUGCCCGAGUUGAAUCGUACGUUACUCCCGCGUGCAUUGGAUCCAUCGUGCGCUUCGGAAACGGCAAAGCCGGAAUCGGCGCCCCCGCCUCACAGACACGACGCUCAUCUCAAACUAUACGUUUUCGACAAGCUCUCCUCGUCCGAAGAUAACCUGUAAUGAACAGGGAAAAGAUUAAAUAUCGUCCAGAUGGCAUGGGAUCCAGAUCAAGAAACGAGCGACGAGUGAUGCAGAGAAAAAAAUCUUGGAGAUUUUUUAACGCUACGCUGAAUCCGUUUACGUUUUUAAUAUCGUGACGAAAAAGAUUUGAAAUAACUAGCCAAACGCUCGACCAACCAUACGAAUUUUUCAGCACAGAAACACACGAACCAUUCCAUGCCAAUUCGAUCUCCGUUUCACGAGCGCCUUCCCCUGGAUCAAUUCAUCCGAAAUUUUUUCUAUUGUACAAAAGUUCAAGUGCAUUUUCAUUAUUUUUCUCAUUGUUAUAUCCUAUCGCGUCGAUUUAUGAGUCUCUUACACUCGCGUUCUUUUUCUAUAGUAUACUUUUAUUCUUAAUGUGAAUUGUUUUAAGGGAUUGGUACCCGUAAAGUUGAUAAAAAUUCAUUUUUCGCGUGUGCAUUCCCAGCCGAACGAUUUGAUUUCGGUGUUCAGCGAUUCGACAGAGAUCGAAAAAAAAUCGCACGACGUUUAAUACGCGCGAAGAUUCAUUUUCGACCAUAAUAACGCCAAAAAUUUACGUACAAAAUCCUUUGAACGAAUCAGUUCAAAAUUCGCCAAUUCUUCGUACUAUUUUCAUCUUCGUUCUUCAAAUAAAGACAAAAAAAAAUGGAACGAAAUGAUUGAACGCGAGAUCGCACAAUAUUUGAAUCGCUUACAGUUUCAAGAUUAAGAUUGUGCUGAGCAAUUUUCAAAGCGCUCAAACAUUAAACAUCUCACAAACUUUAACGCAGGAAACCUUUUCUGCUUUUUAAUAUUUCAGUGCUUUUUUUUUCCUAAUCGAAUAAUUAAUUCGAAUUUCAAGGGUUCGGAUAUUUUUUAGGAGAGAAAAAAAAGAAUUUCGAAUUUUUGGGGAUAUAGACAAUGGAAUUCAAAGAAUCAUAUUGAAUGGAAAUAAUAGAAAAGAGGCAGGACUGAAAUUCUGGAAGGCGAGGCGUUUGUCGGCAUUGGUUUGGAAUUUAGAAAAAAAAAGAAAAAACAAAACUUUCAGGACUGAGUCUGUUGCAAGAGAAACGAAAAAAAAAAGAAAAAAAAACAAUACGUCCGAAAGCGGGCUUUUGUCUUCGUUCCGAAGAGUCGCUCGAUUUGCUUCCAAAGAUGCAACUGAAGUUUUGUGACUAGGAAAAAAAAAAGCAAAAGAUGAAUCCCUCCCUUCUGGAGCACCUUUACUCGAAAACUUAGUACUUCAGUGCUUGAAUUGUCAGGGAGGAGAAGAGUCAAGAGGAUUUUGAGUCUCAAAUAUUUUCAUUGCAAUUGUUUAUAUUUUUCCUGUUUUUUGAAAUCAUGAAAAAUUUUCGAAAACAUCCGAAAAUCCAUCGACUUUCUCUCCUUUCUGUGCAAUUGUGUACAUAAUUAUUGUAUCUGUGAUGUUAUUAAAUAAACUUUACCAUAUUUAAACGA